GUAUAGCGCUUGCCUCACUUCCUCGAUUCUGCGCAGCCGCACGGCUCGUUCAGGCCAGGUCUACCGUGCCGGCGAUUGGGGCGGAUUAUCAGCAGACACUCCCCUUCUGAUAGGGUAUCUCGAUUAGAGUGUCUACUACAUUAUACCUUACUUAUCGAUCUCUUAGAUUGCCAAAACUGCAACAUCACAUUCAGUAUCCCAGCCAGCCUGCAUCCCUGCGGUAUACAGCGAGCAUGGACAUCACUGAGAGCAGGACUAAGAAGGUGAAGCUGAGCGGAAAGCUGCAAAACUGGGGAAAGCAGCGGGCCACGAAUGUUACGUAUCAAGCUCAUCAUGUCAGUAGGAACAAGAGAGGACAGGUUUUGGGAACAAGAAGUGGAUUUCGUGGCUGCACAGUUUGGCUUACAGGUCUUUCUGGUGCUGGAAAAACAACCGUGAGCAUGGCCCUGGAAGAGUACCUUGUAUGCCAUGGAAUUCCUUGCUAUACUUUGGAUGGUGAUAAUAUACGCCACGGGCUCAGUAAAAAUCUUGGGUUCACACAGGAGGACCGUGAAGAAAACAUCCGACGGAUUGCAGAAGUUGCUAAAUUGUUUGCAGACGCUGGUCUUGUGUGCAUUGCCAGUUUUAUUUCUCCCUAUGCCAAGGAUCGUAACAAUGCUCGACAAAUACACGAGGCCGCUGGUCUACCUUUCUAUGAAGUGUUUGUGGAUGCCCCUUUGUAUGUUUGUGAGCAGCGAGAUGUUAAAGGUCUCUACAAAAUGGCCAGAGCUGGGGAAAUCAAAGGCUUCACUGGGAUUGAUGCAGAAUAUGAAAAGCCAGAAUCGCCAGAACUGGUACUAAAGACUGACUCCUGUGAUGUAAACGAUUGCAUACAACAAGUUGUUGAGCUCUUGCAAGAAAUGGAUAUUGUACCUGUAGAUGCCUCCUAUGAAGUCAAGGAAUUGUAUGUACCAGAAAAUAAGCUUCAGCUGGCAAAGACUGAUGCAGAGUCACUGCCUACACUGGAAAUCAAUAAGGUUGAUAUGCAAUGGGUGCAAGUAUUGGCAGAAGGCUGGGCAACCCCAUUAAAUGGCUUUAUGAGGGAAAGAGAGUACCUUCAGUGCCUUCAUUUUGAUUGCCUGUUGGAUGGGGGUGUCAUCAAUUUGUCUGUGCCUGUCAUACUGACUGUGAACAAUGAUGACAAGCAGAGGCUUGAUGGGUGUACUGCAUUUGCCCUGGUUUACGAAGGGAAACGUGUGGCGAUUCUUCGGCAUCCUGAGUUUUAUGAGCAUCGCAAAGAAGAACGCUGUGCAAGACAAUGGGGAACCACCUGUAAGGAGCACCCAUAUAUCAAGAUGGUGAUGGAGAGUGGGGAAUGGCUAGUUGGAGGAGAUCUGCAGGUCCUUGACCGCAUUUAUUGGGAUGAUGGACUGGAUCAGUAUAGGUUGACACCAGCUGAACUGAAACAGAAAUUUAAAGACAUGAAUGCAGAUGCUGUUUUCGCCUUCCAAUUGCGCAACCCUGUACACAAUGGACAUGCUCUUCUGAUGCAGGAUACACACAAACAACUGUUGGAGAGAGGCUACCGCCGUCCCGUGCUUCUCCUUCACCCAUUGGGAGGCUGGACAAAGGAUGAUGAUGUUCCUCUUAGUUGGCGCAUGAAACAACAUGCAGCUGUGCUGGAAGAAGGUGUACUUGAUCCAGAGACAACGGUGGUUGCCAUCUUCCCAUCGCCAAUGAUGUACGCUGGCCCAACUGAGGUUCAGUGGCACUGCAGGGCACGGAUGGUAGCUGGUGCUAACUUCUACAUUGUGGGUCGAGAUCCCGCAGGGAUGCCACAUCCAGAAAGUGGAAAGGAUCUGUAUGAACCUACACAUGGCGCCAAAGUCCUCACCAUGGCUCCCGGUCUUAUUUCUCUUGAAAUUGUACCUUUCCGCGUGGCUGCUUAUAACAAGAAGAAAAAAUGCAUGGAUUAUUUUGACUCUGCACAUGCUGAAGAUUAUGAAUUCAUUUCAGGAACUCGAAUGCGCAAACUAGCUCGAGAAGGGCAAAAUCCACCAGAUGGAUUUAUGGCUCCAACAGCUUGGACUGUGCUGAAGGAAUACUACAAAUCUUUGGAGAAGGCUUAAAUAUUUCCAUUCACUUUUCUUUAUCUUGACAUCUAAUAGGACCACAAGAAUUAGUUAUGCUCUUUUGGUGUUGGUGUCUACCAGGCUUUUUAUUCUCUGCUUGCCUUUUAUCUGAGCUUCUAUGUCAGAAUAUUUCUCCAUCCUGGUAUUAAGUCUAGCUUUAUCUCUCCUAAUGCUAAAUCUAUGCGUUUUAUAUUCUAAGCUCUAACAUAGUAAUGGGUCGCUGGCGACUAGUGUGUUAGUCUGGUUGCUACAUGCAUUCAGCUUGAACUAUCAAUUGUAAAAAAUGAUUAAUUCCAGAAUAUUUUUCUCCAUUCUACCCAGAUUUUGUUAUCAACAUUUUAAGACUUGCUCUGUCAGAAUUUUAACAAGCUGCAUUAAGUAGAUUAUAUUUGUAGACUAAGGGCACAUCUGUGUGAUUAUGCUCUGUGUAUCGAUAAAAUAUAUACUGUAAAUCUUGAUAAAUUCACACACCUACAUUAGGCUAUUAAAAUACAUAUUUAGGCUAUUGAAGUCUAUUUUGACCCAAGAAAGCUAAUAGACUAGUUUCUUUCUAAGACAUGUACUCAAGACAACAUAGUUAAAAUGUUAUUAAUUCUCCCCUCCCCAACUAUAUCUCUGAUCUUAAUUUUUUUGUAAGUGAGUGUGUGAUCGUAUCUGCUAUGUUUAAGAAAGCAUCAACUUGAAUGUGGACCAGUAUAAAAGUUAAUCGCCAGCAAAUGUAUAGAUUAAAACCUAUUUUAAACAUAUUUAAAACACUUACGUUUAGGUUGCUUCCGCUACCUCUGAGAAGGUGGCUCCCAAAAGGAAUUGAAGACAUUCUAAAAGACAUAUGUGGGACCUACAAUGCCAUCAAUCUUUCCACAUCUAAGGAAUUAGGGAUUCUGCUGCAUCAUUUAAUGUAGGAUAAGUGUAGCUUUUUCGGGACAGAACAUGUUGGUCUCUAAGUAAAAAAUUAUAUGGCAUAAUUAGUGGAAAACAAACAUUUUCAAUAAAAUAAAAUCAAUGUGUUUUUUCCAUAUUCAGUUAGAAUAGAAUUCAGUCUGUACUAUGUACUGUACCAAUGCAUUUUUAAGUUUGUUGGAUUUAUUUAUUUUCUUUUUAAUGUAAUUUACAUAUAAUUUUAAAGAAAGACUUCUCACAUUCUGUACAGUAUUGUUGUAACCGUUCGCAAUUUCCAAAUAACUUACUGUUUCAAUGUUAUUCACUAGCCUCUCUAUUACCCAGAUAGGCAAAUCAAAACCAUGCUAUGGAUAACGUCCACAGGAGAGCACAGAUUUAAUGAUCUGUCGAUGAAGAAUAGACUGUUAAAUUCAAACCUUAUGAUUAAAGGGACAUGAUAUGUCAAAUGGCUUAUCGCCGAUGCAUGAAUAUUUCUAAUUGAUUACUAAUAUUAAUGAAAACUUUCUUAUGAUAUUUAACAUUACACUCCUUUUUCAUGUCUAAUACAAUACACCAUUUUUAAUAAAUGAUAAAGAAAACAGAACUAUUUCCAAUUCUUUUUUUUUUUUUUUAAAUGUGCCUUUCCUAAGUGACUGUGAGCUUUCUAUUGUUAUUUUUUUAUACACAUCUGUGAUACUUAGAAAAUGUAUGAAGUGCGAACUCAUUAUAGAGUUGUCUUAAUCCCCUUAAGAUAUUGACGUGCGCAAUAAGCAAACUUAAAAUCUUGCAAAAAAUGUAAAUAAAAAAAAUAUAUAUAUUUAAA